AUGCUGGGAGACUUGGGAUGUAACCAGUUUCUGGUAACCCUUAACUACUUUUCAGCUAACCCCGAUCUCAAUAACAUUCAUGAUGCGAACGUGGUGGUUGUACUCAAAGGUCUUGCUAAAAAGGAUGCUACCACUAAAGAGCGUGCAUUGAGUGAUUUGAUAGAGCUCAUUGAUGAUAUGGAUUCAUUCGAUGAGCCCCUUAUGGUUCUGUGGAUUCAAUCGUACGCAAAAUUGGCCUUCGAUAACUCUCGGCACGUAAGAAUUGGCGCUCAUACUGUGAUGUCUUCAAUGGUGAAAAAGGGUGGUAAAGCGAUUGCCAAAUAUAUGAAGCUGUUCGUUGCUCUAUGGCUAAGUGGUCUUUUUGAUAGUGAUAGACUCGUUUCUCGCCAAUCUCUUCAAAACUUGGAAGAUGCAUUUCAAGGUGAUGUGUCGAAAAUUGAAAAGUUAUGGCACAUUUUUGGGGACCAAAUUCUGAAUUUUUGCAACACCGUCGUCAAUGUUGAAUCACUGGACAGUAUGUCGGAUAAACGAUACACAAAGCCCGAAGAUGCAAAAGCCAAAUAUCAAAGAGUUGUUCAUAGUGCACUCUCGAUGUUGGAGAAGUUAGCUUUCAAUUCCAGUGUGGAUAUUGUCGAUGAAGUAUUCAGAGAAAGUCAGUUGUGGGAUACAAUAGAAGAGAGUUUGGCUGUGGAAUCUUUGUUUAACUCCUCACUCUUUAAAUCCUUCAUGAGUCUUGUAAAGUUUACGAUUACGGAUGCGAAGGUCUCAACCUCAACAUACAAAACUGUUGCCAAAUCUUUCGUGAAGUCGAUUAAAAUCAAAAUCAAAAACACAGUGUUGAUCUCUCAAAUUAUAAUUCAAUUAUGGGAUCUUCUUGUCGUUGCAUCGAAAUCUGCAAACCAUAAACGCUCAUUCUGGGAGUACGCUGGUCUGAAAAGUGAGAGCCGUAUUAUCGAUUGGCUUAAAGUGGGUAGUUGCAACAGCGAUCCUGUAUAUUACUCAAUCGUAUCUCGCUUUUUUGAGAUAAUAUAUUUGAAGAGUCCCGUCCCAUUUGAUUUUGACGAUGCUGAGGUAGGCAAUGUCAUCAUCAAGAUAUUUUUGAAACAACUAAAAAAAGCAAUGGUUGCAUUUUUGCCUCGAGCAAUCAGUUGCACUAUCAAGGUUGGCUCACUUUUCAAAGUUGAUGAGGCUGCUUUAAAUUUGAUCAUAUACACUGCGAUCGAUAAUAUUGCCAAGUACCCAUCCAUCCCGCCUGAAUUGGAACUUGCCAAGGAAGCAUUGGUUGGGUGUGGUAUCCCCAAUGAUUUGGUGCAGACAUUAAAGGAGCAGUUAGUUAGUGAAGAUGCACCUAGAUUGAUCCUUGGUGGCUACCAAUUUGAUUCCUCUCUUUACCGUGUGGUCAAAAUUGUUAGCACGAUAUACCCCGAUGUGGAUAUUAUUGGGGACAUUGAACAGCGAGUCAUCGAAGGUGCUGAUGCUCUGGCAGAUCUAUUUGAUUUGAUAAGUGACAGCUUACGUCAGAAGGAUCGCACGAUAAAUUGUGAAUUUGUGAAUUUUUCGCCAUCAUUUAUCACUCCGGAUUUUGUCAAGCCUCUUCUCGAUUACUUUUCAGCUUUAGUGGAGUGUUAUCCAAAGGUCAUAACAAGAACUUUGGUCAAUGAUUAUUAUCUUAAAUUGUCCAUGGAUUCUCCCGAGAACGUGACCCCCUUUUUGAUAUCGGUGACAAAGGUAAUUGAUUUGCAUGCAGAGAAGGCUCACUACUCGGAUGAAUAUGCAUUCAUCACAAAAUUAGCCACAAAACAAGAACCAAGCGCGGAAGAGUUGCAACUUGUGUACAGUUACAGCGAUCAAGAUCCCAGCAUACGUGAUGCGGUAAUGAAGACGACAGAGCAUCUGGAGAAGAAGCUACUCGCUUUCAUUCGCUCAAACCCCACGGCAGCUUCCAAAUUGAGUAAUUUGGAUAGAAUUCUUCAUGUCUCUUGGAGCCAUAUCGAUGAUGAUUCAGUCAAAAAGUUUUUAGACUGUGUGAAUCAUGAGACUAAGUUUGCAAGCGUAAUUAAAUAUGCCAACACUUGGCCACCGAAUUUAAGUCUGGUGUGCUCUUAUAUCGGUGAUUCAGAGGAAUGGGCUCAGUCUUUCUUGACCUUUAUCGAAAGCGAAAGUGAUGUUGUCAAGUUCGAGGGUGUGGGGAUUUCGAACUCUUUGGGAGCAGGUGUUGAACUCAUAUCUCCGAAAGGCACCCAUGAUCACAGCGAUGACGUUAUCGCGUUGGCUUCUCUUGUUGGCCAGAUACCAAGCUUACCAUGGUAUAUCAAAGGCUUAUACCAUGUGUACGUCCAAGACUAUCUUUUUGUCAAACCCGUACAGGUGCAACAAACACGCAUAGUGUUAGAGUCAUUAUCGUUUGCAAACUCGCAACCCUUGUUGAAAGCUAUAAUCAGUGAUCUGCACCCCUUGUCCGUUUACUUGACACGAACGUCAGGAUUCUCGUACCAAUGCGCUCGAGUUUUGGUUUACAACUUGUUGAAAGAAAUUGACUCCAUGGACAAUUCUAGUUUCAAUGAAUUUUACUCGGACGAUUGGUCUAAAUUUGAGCCAUUCAAGCUUGCAACACUUUUGCAAGCUCUGACAAAGUUUUUUGGUUCUUUGACCUGGUUGCAAAACUAUUUGUUUAGUGAAAUGAUUGGGAUUGGUAACGAAUCUGAAAUUUUGACCCUGGGGCUAAAAUGGCUCACGCUCGCCCUCUACUUCGUUGAUGAAAACGCACUGCAACUUCCUCUUCAACGUUUGAACAUGAUUGUGCGGCAAAUGAGUCGUUGGCUUGACCUGAGUAUUGCAUAUGAUGUCGAGUUUAUACCGAUCAGACUACAACUCACUCGAUUAGCAAUGGGAUUUUACAGCACACAAGACGCCUUCCAUUUCAAGGAGGUUUCAAUGGCUCUCGUGGAUGAUAACUUGUCAAUAUGCACUACAGAGCCUCAACUUGUUGCUCUCCGGUUUUUCAGUCUUAAACUCAUGACUAUGCUUGGAAAUGAGAUGGAUACAGAAGAGGUCGAAGAUUUAUUAUUGUCGCCCGACAUACAACAGUUCGAUCGCGCGAACUAUAAUCAAGCUGUUGCGAUGUGUCAUCAAGCUGUUGAGCGUCUCUAUCUUGUGGUUGAUGUCAAAGGUAAGAUUGAGAAAUACAUGGAGCUUUUAGCGGCGACUAAUUCUGUGGCUAUUGAAAGAGUUUGCGCUGGUGUGUUGGUUCCCGCUGUCUUAAAGAAACAGCGAACUUUCGUGAUCGAGUUUCAAUUGGACAAGAGUGAGGACAAAGUUGCUCAUCUUCCCCAGAAGCUUUUGGAUAUAAUAAGACUAUAUCGUUUCGAUGUCAACAUUGAAGAUGAGCUGGCAACAUUGACUCGUUACGUUUGGGCGUGGGUGAUCCUCUUCGCCUAUUUUGCAGAUAUUACAUUUGCAUUGCGUCAGGAAUAUUUGAAGCAGUUACGUUUAGAGAAUGUCAUUGAACCCAUGUUGUCAUACAUUUUUGACCAGGUCUAUGACCUAAGUGUUCUCAAGCUGUCUGUAUUUUCUUUGGAUCGAUUGAGGGAUUACGACUGCGUUGAUGCCGGUAGAGCAGGUAAUCUACAGGAGGAAAUGGCGUUUGCCUUAUUGCAUUUAUACUACCAGUCAUGUGCUCAAUUCGGUCCGCAGGUUCAACAAUGGUAUAUGCUGAUACGUGAUCUUCAAGUCAAGAAGCGUGUCGAGAAGGUAACGCUGCUGUAUGUGGCUCCCGAACUCCUUGGGGCCAUCUUGGAUGAAGUUACAAAGCAAAAGAUAAAAUUGGAAAACGAUGACAACUUGAAGAUCAAGGUUAAUAGAGUGAUCCAUGAAAUCAGACUGACAUACGUGAUUGACGAGCAGACAAUGGAAAUGAUUAUUAAGCUUCCUGCCAUCUACCCAUUAGAAAAGGUGGUUGUUGAGGGUCCCUUGAGAUUGGGAGUACGUGAAAAGCAAUGGAAGGCCUGGUUGAUGGCUACCCAAAGUGUUAUCUCCUUGACGAAUGGUCUGAUAACUGAAGCCAUUGAAGUUUUCAAUCGUAACGUGACCCUCCACUUCAGUGGAUUUGAAGACUGUGCUAUCUGUUACUCCAUUUUACAUCAAGAUUUGUCGCUCCCAACCAAGCUGUGUCCCACCUGCAAUAACAAAUUCCAUGCAGCAUGCUUGUAUAAGUGGUUCAAGAGCUCUGGUUCGUCCACCUGUCCCAUGUGUCGUGGUCAGUUUAACUUCAGAAAACAGGCUUCAGCUUAG